AUGGCCGUCAUGCGAUUAAUAUCCCUUUUGACCUGUCUACUCGUUGUGUGCCUGUCGCCGCUGGCGGCGGCCACGAAACUCAUCGAGUCCAAAUCGUUGAACCUGUGCAUGGACAGUACCAAUUUCACCGCUACCUACUUCAGCGUCACCUUCACACCGAACAACGACUCGUUGUCGUUCAGCUUCGACGGCGUCUCGGCCAUCUCCGGGAAUGUGACCGCCGAGCUGAUUUUGACCGCCUAUGGCUACCAGGUGAUUAAGAAGACGCUGGACCCCUGUGAAAUGGACCUGACGGGUCUCUGCCCGAUGAACGCCGGCCAGAUCGAUGUGACGAACGCCGUCCUCGAUGUCCCGUCCUCGGUGACCAAGGAGAUCCCCAGCAUCGCCUACACCGUGCCCGAUCUCGACGCCUCCGUGCGCAUCUACAUCAACUCGUCCGACACGGGCGAGAGCAUCGCCUGCGUCGAGGCCGAUCUGUCCAACGGUAAGACCGUCUACCAGAAAUCCGUCGCCUGGGUCACCGCCGUCAUCGCCGGCUUGGGUCUGGCGGCGUCCGCCAUCACGUCCGGCAUGGGCCAUUCCAACACCGCCGCACACGUCGCCGCCAACGCCUUGUCCCUCUUUGGCUUCAUGCAGUCGCAGGCCAUGAUCGGCAUGACCGCCAUCCACAUGCCGCCCAUCGUCGAGUCUUGGACCCAGAACUUCCAGUGGAGCAUGGGCAUCAUCCAUGUCGAUUUCAUGCAGUCCAUCUGCACCUGGUACCAGCGCGCCACCGGCGGCACCCCGUCCACCAUCCUCUCCUCCCUCUCGACCACCUCCGUCGAGGUGCUGAAACGCCGCAAGCGGUCCUUUGAGCGCGCCAUCGGCGAGGGCACCGUCCAAGUGGUCAAGCGCUACAUCGACCGCCUGGCCACCCGCUCCGACAGCGGCACCGGCGUCGCCACCUCUGAUAGCGUCGUCAUCCGGGGCAUCGAGCGCGUCAGCUUCCGCGCCUCGAUCGAGGAGACCAACGCCUUCCUGACCGGCCUGAUCUUCUUCGUCGUCUUCGUCGCCCUCGUCAUCAUCAUCGUCGCCCUCGCCAAGGCCAUCUGCGAAAGCCUCGCCAAGUCCGGCAAGCUCAAGGGGGACACCUUCCUCGACUUCCGGAACGGCUGGAAGAUCGUGCUGCGCGGCAUCCUCUUCCGCCUGACCCUCAUCGGCUACCCGCAGAUGUGCGUCCUCUGCCUGUGGGAACUCACCCGCCGCGACUCCGCCGCCGAGGUCGUCCUGGCCAUCGUCAUGUUCCUCUCCAUGACGGGCGCCCUCACCUGGGCCUCCCUCAAGGUCAUCCGCCUGGCCAACCGGUCCGUGGCCAUGCACAAGAACCCGGCCUACAUCCUCUACUCGGAUCCCACCUGCCUGAACAAGUGGGGGUUCCUGUACGUGCAGUACCGCGCUACCGCCUACUACUUUGUCGUGCCCUUGCUGGGCUACAUCCUGAUCCGCGGGAUGUUCAUCGGCCUCAGCCAACAGGCGCCCGUCGUGCAGGCCGUGGCCCUCGUGGUCAUCGAGGCCGGCAUGCUCGUCGCCGUCAGCAUCCUGCGCCCGUGGAUGGACAAGAAGACCAACAUCUACAACAUCUCCAUCGCCGCCGUCAACUUCAUCAACGUCAUCUUCCUCCUGGUCUUCUCGGGCGUCUUCAACCAGCCGGGUAUCGUCACGGGCGUCAUGGGUGUCGUCUUCUUCGUCUACAACGCCGUCUUCGCCCUCGUCCUGCUGGUCCUCGUGCUGAUCGCCUCCAUCUACGCCAUCACCUCCAAGAACCCGGACACCCGCUACCAGCCCAUGCGUGACGACCGCGGCUCCUUUAUCAAGUCCCACGGUGGGCUGACCACGGAGCUCGACGCCCUGGGUGCCACCGCCCGCGGCGGGGACCUCAAGCCGAACCCCUUCGAUGACGAGGACGGCGCCUCGUUCUCCAGUGGGAACGGCGCCAGCAUCAACCGCUCCCACCACGACGCCGGCUCGCACAACAUGAGCAACGCGUCCGUCCGUAACGCGCCCGUCUCCCCCGUGGAUCCCUCCGUGCCCCUGUUCCCCAGCGACGCCUCGUCGCGGCGCGGGAACAACAACAACUCGCCGGCGGCGGGCUACGGCUACAACAGUGUCCCGGAGUAUCAAGAUUACUACGGGGGUCACUCACAGAGUGCCUCGCCCGCGCCGCGCGGACAAUCAUGGACCACACUGGGGAGGCUACAAGAAUCCAAAACCUACAAGAAUGUAUUCACGCCGGACGUCCACCUCCCCGAUCUGAUAUCCAUCCACACCGUCCCGAAACUGGGCAUCGGACAACGAGCAUUCCUGUGUCGGUCAAGGCGGACAGAUGAAAAGGGAAACACAGUCUCGGCCAAUAUCCUCUGGGACUGCAUUACGUAUCUCGACGAGGCGACCGUCGCGACUAUUCGGGUGAUUGAAGAUACCCAUGGGGCAUUCGCCGGGCAGGAUACGCGGGGAGACAGCAAGAGACGGGUUCUAGAGAGUGCAAAGAUCAUCGUCAAGGCGAUGGGUUAUCUGGACCAUGCAGUUCAUCCGGAGUGA